AUGCUCGAACUCCCCGAUAUCUGGUACCCGUCUUCAUUUAAAUCGAUCUGCCCUCCAAACUUCAUUUAUGGACUCCGAAUUAAUAAGGAAACGAAUUCGUACUGCUUUUAUAUUACAAACUUUAGUGAUGCUUGGGUCGAGGCUACUUCGGAAGAAGACUUACUAGAGAAGGCGGGAUCACUUGGUUAUGAGGACUUAGAUGAUGAUGCGUUAAAGAACUUGUUGGAAACGUUAGGUGAAGGAAGCUGCGACAAUACUAAAGGCAAAGCUUUGAAUUUUACCACUCUAAGCUUAUCAAGAGAGGAUAUUAUAAUCAGCUUGUCUUUCAAGGAACUCCUAUGGAACUUUAAGCUAAAGAAGCAACUGCAAGAGUAUUUGACGGAGCUUCUAUCUGCUCUCAACUUCCAACAAUUCCGAAACCACAAUUAUUUGCAGCAUGAUAUAAAUUACUUGAAAAAAUUAAUAAAGCUGAAAGAUUUAUACAUGAGUUACUUGACUGAGAAUCUUAAACUAAGCCAUGGAAAUGAAAUAAUAAAGAGGUAUAGCAAGAACAAUAGAUCAGAAUAUGCAGCAUUAAAAGAGUUCAACGAUUCAGAAUGGGCAAAGACUACAGAAAAUCGGUACUUUGAGGAAUUGAAAGUAAUAGAGAAUGCUGAUGCAUCGUUUGAAGAUAGACAAUGGAAGCAGCUUGAGGAAGCAUUAGUGUUAGAAAAGUCUUGGAAAUUUUCCAAUGGUUUGGAGUUAGGUGAAACAAAAUCUAAAGAUGUUGCUCCGAUUCAAGUAAGAAAAAAGAUAGAUGUUUCUCCUAGAAGAAAAAAGCCUAAAAGAAUCGGAGUUCUUAGAAAUAGACGCUAG